AUGUUAAGACCAAUCGGAAGCUUGAAUGCUCUUGUGUGGAAACACAGCACAAGACAACAUACGUUCAUACGGCCAACUGCUUUAUUGUUGGCUCGUACUUAUGUGAAUUUUACUCCAAGAACUUCAUCAUUGAGAUCCACACCAGUCUCACCUUUAUCUAUCAAAUGGUACUCUACUAAAACCGCACCUCCACCCCCACCACCUCCAUCAUCAACACCUUCAGAUAAGAACGCCAAGGGGAAGGCUAUUUUGAGUAAGAUAUCUCGGGCAAUUACGUUUUCAGCAUCAACACUUCUUGUAUUGGGAGCUGCAGGAGUUGCAGUGAUUGUGCUCUAUUUGAUCACCAGUGAGCUUUUCUUCCCCUCUGGUGACACCCGUACUUUCAACAAGGCUGUGAAGUUAGUUGAACAGAACGAAGAAGCCCAGAAGGCAUUGAACUUUAAAAAUGGUGACAGGCUUAAAGCAUACGGGGAGGUUGCUGGUGAUAGAUGGGUCAGAAACAGACCAGUUCAAAGUAGUAGACACAUUGGUAAGGAUGGUAAGGAAUACUUAAUUAUGAAAUUCCAUGUGGAAUCAGAUAGUGGUCAUCAUGGUAGUGUUCUCUUGGAACAGAUUGACUCUUCAUUCUGGAGUACAGAAUUUGCUUACAUUGCAUUGGACCUUUAUGAUCCUAGUGCUAAACAAAAGAGAGUGUAUAUCAUUCCUCCAAAGAUUGCAAAGCCCAAGACUGUGAUCAACCCCAUGUCUGGUAAUGAUGGCUUUUUAGGAUUAAAAUGGGGGCCUAAGAAGGAUUAA